CUUUGUGUAUUAUUCACAUGGCGGAAGAUUGAUUUUAACUUUCACGUGGUGAGAAAGCACAAUGAGUUUAAUGGAAAAAAUUCGUCAGCUUGAGCUGAUUGAGAAGGAUAUCGCUGCAGCAAUCAGUAGCGCUGGGCAAGGCUUACAGGAAUUAUCAAAAGAUAAACCUGGAAACAAACAUGUGGAAACUCAUACUACCAACUUCCUCAAGACACUGGAAGGUGUGGAGACGGGAUUAACAAAGCAAAUUAAUUAUCUGACACAGGUGUCUACAGGUCAACCUCACGAAGGCUCUAACUACGCAGCCCAGAAGGAUCUCCAGAUGGCCAUUCACCGGGUGGAGCACGUCAAGUCGCGUCUCAAUGAGCUGGAGAAACUGAACGCUGAGCACACACGACCACGACCACCUAGUGUUGGACAGAGGAGCUUCUCAAUGCCACAGACGGAUCACAUGACCUGAGAUAGUGGUGACUUUGUGGUUGUAGCACGUGAUGGGAUAGCUCCACCGUGCAGGUGUUGAAUUUGUGGUUGUAGCAUGGAACAACUCAAGUGCACAGUUGACUUAUUGGUUGUAACAUGGAAGAUCUCGAGAGUGCACAGUUGACUUGUGGAUGUAGCAUGGAACAUCUCCCCAUUGCAAAGUUGACUGUGAGGCUCUAUAUAUGUAGUAUGGAACAACUCCACAGAUUGUGAUUGUCUUGUGGAUGUAAUAUGGAACAUCUCCACGUUGCAAAGUUGACUGUGAGGCUCUAUAUAUGUCGUAUGGAACAACUCUAGAGAUUACAAUUGUCUUGUGGAUGUAGCAUGGAACAUCUCCACAUUGCAAAGUUGACUGUGUGGCUCUAUAUAUGUAGUAUGGAACAACUCCAGAGAUUACAAUUGUCUUGUGGAUGUAGCAUGGAACAUCUCCACAUUGCAAAGUUGACUGUGUGGCUCUAUAUAUGUAGUAUGGAACAACUCCAGAGAUUACAAUUGCCUUGUGGAUGUAGCAUGGAACAUCUCCACAUUGCAAAGUUGACUGUGGCUCUAUAUAUGUAGUAUGGAACAACUCCACAGAUUACAAUUGUCUUGUGGAUGUAGCAUGGAACAUCUCCACGUUGCAAAGUUGACUGUGUGGCUCUAUAUAUGUAGUAUGGAACACCUCCAGAGAUUACAAUUGUCUUGUGGAUGUAGCAUGGAACAUCUCCACGUUGCAAAGUUGACUGUGUGGCUCUAUAUAUGUAGUAUGGAACACCUCCAGAGAUUACAAUUGUCUUGUGGAUGUAGCAUGGAACAUCUCUACAUUGCAAAGUUGACUUUGAGGCUCCAUAUAUGUAGUAUGGAACAACUCCAGAGAUUACAAUUGUCUUGUGGAUGUAGCAUGGAACAUCUCCACGUUGCAAAGUUGACUGUGUGGCUCUUUAUAUGUAGUAUGGAACAACUCCAGAGAUUACAAUUGUCUUGUGGAUGUAGCAUGGAACAUCUCCACAUUGCAAAGUUGACUGUGUGGCUCUAUAUAUGUAGUAUGGAACAACUCCAGAGAUUACAAUUGUCUUGUGGAUGUAGCAUGGAACAUCUCCACGUUGCAAAGUUGACUGUGAGGCUUUAUAUAUGUAGUAUGGGACAACUCCAGAGAUUACAAUUGUCUUGUGGAUGUAGCAUGGAACAUCUCCACAUUGCAAAGUUGACUGUGAGGCUCUAUAUAUGUAGUAUGGAACAACUCCAGAGAUUACAAUUGUCUUGUGGAUGUAGCAUGGAAUAUCUUCACAUUGCAAAGUUGACUGUGGCUCUAUAUAUGCAGUAUGGAACAACUCCACAGAUCACGAUUGACUUGUGAUUGUAAUAUGGAACAUCUCCACAUUGCAUAAUUGACUUUGUUACUUUAGUAUGGAACAUCUCCUCAUUGCAGAGUUGACUUUUGGUUGUACAUGUAAGAUGGAGCAUCCCAAUAGGGAAUCUGUAUAUCUGGCCUAAGGCACAUUCAUACAUUCCCAUACAUCUGCUGCGUUGUUCCCACAGAGUUGCUGCGUUGUUCCCAUACAGCUGCUAAGUUGUUCCCAUACAGUUGCUACGUUGUUCCCAUACAGUUGCUGCGUUGUUCCCAUACAGUUGCUACGUUGUUCCCAUACAGUUGCUACAUUGUUCCCACACAGCUGCUAAGUUGUUCCCAUACAGUUUCUACGUUGUUCCCAUACAGUUGCUACGUUGUUCCCAUACAGUUGCUGCGUUGUUCCCAUACAGCUGCUAAGUUGUUCCCAUACAGUUACUAUGUUGUUCCCAUACAGUCACUAUGUUGUUCCCAUACAGCUGCUACGUUGUUCCCAUACAGCUGCUACGUUGUUCCCAUACAGCUGCUAAGUUGUUCCCAUACAGCUGCUACGUUGUUCCCAUACAGUUUCUACGUUGUUCCCAUACAGUUGCUAAGUUGUUCCCAUAAGGCUGCUACAUUGUUCCCACACAGUUGCUAUGUUUUUUAAUACUGCUGCUGCAUUGUUCCCAGAAAGCCCCUACAAUGUUUCCACUCAGUGGCCGCAUUGUUCCCACGUGGCUGCUACAGUUUUACAUUUGCUGGCUUCACAGUGUGGGCAUUGCAUAUUUUUUUUUAAUCGAAAUGGUAUUGAAUCAAAAUGUAAACGGGGACAGUGAAUUGGUCAGCCUUGUGUACCCAGUAGUAAGUCAAGACAUGAACACCAGGUCAAGAUGUGACUGAGGAUGUGACCUGAUAGAAGGCUUGUAAGGGAGAAUAUUACAAGCCUGUAGGCCUACAGGUACAUAUGUACCACGGAGUAUGGUGUACAUGACUCCGUAAAUGUUAAGGACUUCUCAUUUGUAUGAAUGUUCAAAGCAGAGAAUGGGACAAUAAAGUCGUUUUGGAAAAAGCAAAAGAAAGUGUCAUAAGGCUGUAAACGCGAGUGUGGAAUCCUUGAUUGUAAGGGAAGCAACAUAUUAAAGUACAAUAGUUUUAGCUGAAUGAUGUGAACACAAGAAAUCCAUGACUUUAACAUGAAAUAACUUAAAAUAGUAAUGUACAGGUAUAACUGUAUAAGUCAAGAUCGAAAUCACUCCAAUGAAAUUAAAAUGUCCGAUGAAAAAUCAAAACCAAUGCCUUUGCUUGUAAUGUAAU